ACUAUUUCUGAUAUUCUUUUGUUUCAAAUGUCGAUGUUUACAGAAAUCUUCCAUCCCAGUUGCUUCAGUUUUCUCGUGGCUCUCGGCGACUUUAAGUUUUUCCUUUGUAAUGAAAACUGACGAUGAUUGUUUUGUUAACCUGGAGACCAUCUUACAGCUUUCGUACUGAUUGGUUGAUCGAGAGACAGGGAAAAUGGGCCGAGCCUGAUUAUCCGGGAGUGGCUUAUCCGACAUUUGCCUGCGGUGCGGGCAGCAUUAUAUCUUCGGAUAUUGUUCACUGGCUGGCAAAAAACGAGAAAUCUCUAAAACGUUAUCAGGGGGAGGAUGUCUCUAUGGGUAUUUGGUUAUCAGCUAUUGCUCCUGAAAUUUAUAAGGAUGAGCGAUGGUCGUGUUUCGGGGAUUGUCAGAUGGAAAUGUUUACCUUGCCCGAGCAGGAUGCCGAUUCUCUUCUCUAUUUAUGGGAAAACUUUAUGUCCUGCGGUAAUCCUUGCAAAUGUUGAGGAGUUAAUCUUUAUGUGGAAACAUCUUCGUGGUAGUCAAGUUGUACCACAGUUCAUUGUCAAAUCUCAUCUUUCCUGAAACAGGAUCCAUAAAUAUUCUCUUCAGUAGAACACACGGCCAUAUUCCUCCAAGAAUCUUUUCAAUAUCACGAGGAUUCAACAGAAACGUUUGACAUGACCG